CACGCUGGUCACACUGGUCACAUGUGCCGGCAGCUGUAAAAUUUUGUAUCGAAACAUCCAGAAAUUUGACGAAUUUAACGUGUUACAACAGUUUAUAAUAGUAAAGAAUAUAGCUAGCACAAUGUCUGCCGAAGAGGGAAAGUUUGACUCCAUUUUACUGGCCGUGGCAGAGAAGCAUCGCGGCGGCGUGCCCGAAUUCCUGCACACAUUGGCCAGCUUCUUGCGUCGCAAGACCGAUUUCUACACAGGCGCCAAGCAGUCGGAAUGGGAGAAACUGCUUCUGGACAUUUUCCGCAAGGAGUCUACGCUGGCCAUGGAGGAGCACGCCGAAAAACUCAAGGCCCGCGAGGCGACCCAACGCAUAAAGGACGAAAAGGAGCGCGUGGAACGCGAGGCACGCCAAAAGGAAAUCGACGAUAACAAAAUUUGUGAUAUUUCCGAUGAGGAAGCAGCGGCCAUUAUCAAAGAGGAAGAGGACAAAAAACGUCAGCAGCUGCUGGACAAAGCCGGUGGCGACUCUGCCGGCGGUGCUGUCACUUCGAAUCUCGACGACAUAUCCAAGCCCAUAGAAAAAGUCGACGAUGACUCGGAGAAGGCGGAGGUGGGCAAGCUGCAGCCCAAUGCCGGCAACGGCUGCACCCUGGACAAGUACAUGUGGACACAGACCCUGCAGGAGGUUGAGCUCAAGAUCCCCUUCAAUGUGACAUUCGCUCUGCGUGCCCGCGAUCUGGUGGUCAGCAUUGGCAAGAAAACGCUCAAAGUGGGCCUCAAGGGCCAGGAGCCCAUCAUCGAUGGCGAGCUCAGUGGCGAGGUGAAGCAGGAGGAGUCCGUGUGGGUGCUGCAGGACAGCAAGACGGUGCUCAUUACCCUGGACAAAAUCAACAAGAUGAACUGGUGGAACCGUCUGGUCACCAGCGAUCCCGAAAUAUCCACGCGCAAGAUCAAUCCAGAGCCAUCGAAGCUUUCCGAUUUGGAUGGGGAGACGCGCAGCAUGGUCGAGAAGAUGAUGUUCGAUCAGCGUCAAAAGGAGAUGGGUCUGCCCACCAGCGAGGAUCGCAAAAAGCAGGAUAUCAUGGAAAAAUUCAAACAACAGCAUCCGGAGAUGGACUUUUCCAAAUGCAAAUUCAAUUAGUCUGUAAUAUUCUCAUGCCUCACAUUUGAAAUGUGUAAAUCUUUCGCUUUCUACUACAUUUCCUGCUGCUGCAAACAUCUUUCUCUUCUACUACAAAACAUCUUAUAUUGCUGCUCCUGCUUCUGCUCCUGUAACAUUCUUCAUCUUCAAACAACAACACACACAAAACAACCAACCAACAAAAGCAGAGAAUUAAUAAAUAUAUAUAAUGUGUAUAACAUACAACAUUUAUACCAAACUAAACAAAACAAAACCACAAAAACAGAAACCCUUCACAAUUUUAAAUAUUUCCAAUAUGUUAAUAACAAUUUGUUAGUGAAAGCGACAAACGGAAUUGAUCAAUCGCGAAGCCGAAAAAAAUGGGCAGCAGAAGGAGCCAUCUGCAGUCGCAAGAUUACGUAGUUCUUCUCUGGGUCAUUGAUCUGUUUCAAUUUGCUGAACUCGUUUCGAUCGGUGGCUCAUAAAUUGUUGGAUUGAUAUCUUAUUGGAACUUUGCAUAGAAUCUGUGAAGUGCUAAGCAAUUUCUUAAUGGUUUCCCACUAAUUUGUGGCACUAAUUUGUUGCCUGGCCUUUGAGGUUUUUCGAAUGUUUUAUUUUCGCCACGCGCCAGGUUUUUAUUGUUUUUUCUCUGUUUUUGAUAGAGAUGAAAGCGUGACACGUAAAUAAUUUGGGGAAAACUUUUGUACGGUUUUUUUGAAGCUCUUCAGUUUUGUGUU